AUGGAAAGAUUGCAGUCUUCCAUGCGCAAACGGCUGUACAGCUUGCCGCAAAACAUUGGGCAAAAAUCCUUCGUGAUUGACGAAGGAGACAACGACGACAAGGACACUAAGAGGAAAAGUAUUCGGCUAAAACAUUUGUCCUCUCUGUCUCCUGCAAGCAGUUGCAAGAGCAUUGAGGAGGCCAGGAGCGAAGACUUGGAAAGGGACGUUAUUUUGAAGACAAACUUGAACGGUGAUUGUCGCUUGUUCAGGGGCAGCGUCUCAUCCAUCACCGGGCGGCAUCCUCUCGGGUCAGAUCCAGCGGAGCAGCGGCCCCUCAUCCCCGAGGCUGAUGCCGGUGUCAGCGAGAGUUUCCCCGGUGAGCACGGCCCCGGGGCCCAGCAGCGGGCAGCGGGUUGUCUGAGUGGCGCAACCGUGCAAUCGCCUAUGUUUGACCAGUCAAGUUUCAUCAAGUUGGAGGGAACCGACCAAAUAAUACCCGAGGACGACCGGUUGUACCAAGCCGGCUUCAUGCACCGUCAGUUUGGGGCGAUGCUCCAACCAGGAGUCAACAAGUUCUCCCUGCGGAUGCUGGGGAGUGAGAGGGCCGUGGAGCAUGAGAGGGAACGAGUAAAGUCUGCUGGCUUCUGGAUAAUCCACCCGUACAGUGAUUUUAGGUUCUACUGGGAUCUGACCAUGCUGCUGCUGAUGGUAGGAAACCUUAUCAUCAUCCCUGUGGGCAUCACCUUCUUCAAGGAUGAGCACACACCGCCCUGGAUCGUCUUCAACGUGGUCUCGGACACGUUCUUCCUUAUGGACCUGGUCCUCAAUUUCCGCACGGGCAUCGUCAAGGAGGACAACACAGAGAUCAUCCUGGACCCACAGCAGAUCAAGAUCAAGUACCUGAAGAGCUGGUUCGUGGUGGAUUUCAUCUCCUCCAUACCUGUGGACUACAUCUUUCUCAUCGUAGAGACACGCAUCGACUCAGACUUUUACAAGACGGCCCGAGCCCUGAGGAUCGUCCGCUUCACCAAAAUCCUCAGUCUGCUGCGGCUGUUGCGUCUCUCCAGACUCAUUCGCUACAUCCACCAGUGGGAAGAGGUUUUCCAUAUGACCUAUGACCUGGCCAGCGCCAUGGUGCGUAUCAUGAACCUGAUUGGUAUGAUGCUGCUGCUGUGUCACUGGGAUGGCUGUCUGCAGUUCCUGGUUCCCAUGCUGCAGGACUUCCCUGCUGACUGCUGGGUCACUAGAAACAAGAUGGUGAAUGACACUUGGGGUCAGCAAUACUCCUACGCCCUGUUCAAGGCCAUGAGUCACAUGCUGUGCAUCGGGUACGGGCUGUACCCCCCGAUCGGCAUGGCUGACGUGUGGCUCACCAUCCUCAGCAUGAUUGUGGGCGCUACCUGCUUUGCCAUGUUUGUGGGGCAUGCGACUGCACUGAUUCAGUCUCUGGACUCCUCCAGGAGGCAGUACCAAGAAAAAUAUAAACAGGUGGAGCAGUACAUGUCCUUCCACAAGCUCCCUGCCGACAUGCGCCAGAGGAUCCACGACUACUACGAGCAUCGUUAUCAGGGCAAGAUGUUUGACGAGGAAAGCAUUUUGGAGGAGCUGAAUGAGCCACUGCGAGAGGAAAUCAUCAACUUUAACUGUCGUAAACUGGUGGCCUCCAUGCCUCUGUUCGCCAACGCUGAUCCAAACUUUGUCACCUCCAUGCUGACCAAAUUGCGCUUUGAGGUGUUCCAGCCGGGCGACUACAUCAUCAGAGAGGGAACCAUCGGCAAGAAGAUGUACUUCAUCCAGCACGGCGUUGUCAGUGUCCUGACCAAGAGCAGCACGGACACCAAGCUGUCUGAUGGCUCUUAUUUUGGAGAGAUCUGCCUGCUGACCCGAGGCAGGAGGACAGCCAGCGUGCGAGCAGAUAACUACUGUCGGCUGUACUCUCUGUCGGUGGACAACUUCAACGAGGUGCUGGAGGAGUAUCCCAUGAUGAGGAGAGCCUUUGAAACUGUGGCUCUCGACCGCCUAGACCGCAUCGGGAAGAGGAACUCUGUUCUGCAGCAUAAAGUCCAGCAUCACCAAAGUUCUGGCACACUAAACUUCCAAGAGAGUGAGAUCAUCCAAAGAAUAGUGCAACAUGACCGUGAUAUGGCCCAAUGCACACAGCUGAUCCAGACCAGUCUAAACCCUCCCCCUGCUCCCCCAUCACCCACCCCGGUCAUCUGGGCCCCAUUGGUUCAGGCUCCACUCCAGGCUGCUGCUGCCACUACCCCACUGGCUCUGGCCUUAGCCCACCAAUCCCAGCUGCCUUCGAUCCUCUUCCAUCAUCCUCUGGCACCAGGCCCACUGAAGGACCCCACCAGCCAUCCAAAGAGAGUCCAUGUUGGAGCGAACACAUCCAGCAGCUGUGGUUCAGGGCCCGGUUCUCCUGCUAGUUCCACCAAAUUCAGAUUUGGGUUUGAGACUCCUACACUGGCGUCCCUCAGGACAUACCAUCCCUCCAGUGGGCCCUUGUCACCCACGCUGACGUCCCAGCCCAUCUUCACCAGCAGCCUGCAGCCUUUGGGCCCUCUUCCCUCACACCAGCCCCCACCCCAUCCUCCCCACUCCGGCAUAGCCUCAGUCUUCCCCGUCAGCCAGGCCACUGUCUCCUACACCUGCUCCGCUCAGCUCCAUUCUCAACCUUUCCAUGGUGCUAUGACCACCCCACCGCACCCGAAAGGUUUUCUCCAGCAGGGGGCGCCAGGGAGGUUAGCAGGGAGGUUUCCAGCCCCCUCUGCAUCCAUCAUAAGCCCUCUGAUCUCCAGCUCAGUCAGCCCCAUACUAAGCCAGCUGCGGCCGACCUCCCACGCCAUCAUGCAGCAGAUGGGAUACAAUCAUGACAGAGCAGGCAGAACAUCCAGUGGUCUGAACCUCCCACAUUUUCCCUUCAUCACCAGUACCCAUUCCUCCAGUGGAUUUAUUCCAGGGUCUGCAGUCGGAGCUGGGGCCGCAGCCUCCCUGGCGCAGCACAGCCUUGCAGGUCUCCAGUCUGUUUUCCUUCCCCAGGUUCUUCCUGAGCACUCGGCCCUCGCCUCUCUGGCCCAGUAUGGCUCUGCCGAGGUCUCGCCCUGCUACACACCCCCAAUCCACAGUCCCAGCAUACAGAGCCCUGUGAGGGGAAGGACAAUUUACAACAGUGAGCUCCCCAGCACCGUGGGCUCUCACAGCCCUCUAACCACUCAGACCUCAUGCCCUGCCAGGGUGGCCUGUUCCCUCAAAGAGAGGGCCGAGUCCUCGGGAUAUCUCUUUACCCAGGAAAUAAAAACUAUCUCAGGCUCUCACAGCUCUAUACACCAGGAAAGGCCUUUGGCCAUGAUUGGCUCCUCAGAGGUGGUAGCAGGGGCAUCGAGCCCCUUCUCCUCCCCCAUGGCUGUCAGUAAACCCUACAGUCCUAUCCCGGGUCAAGCCACUCCUAGUGCGUCGUGUGAAUGCAAGGUUACCCCACUAAGAGAUUUGAGAAGAGACAGACUGUGCACUUUGCUUGUUUCAGAGAUCCCCUAACAUGAUGGUUUGAUUAAGGCAUGUCUUCCAAGAUAGCGUUUCAGCAAUAUUGCACACCCAAAUGGGUCACACAAAUCAGAUCACAUCCAAAAAACUGAAGUAAUGAAUGUAAGUAAGUUGUGUCUGUCUAAAUGAGGGAAGUGGGAUUUGUUUUUGAAUGUGGGAUUUGUUUUUGAAUGUGUUCAAACUUGAGGCCGAUAAUGGUUUUCUGUAGAGUCCUGGAAGGUAUAACCAGUUUUGUCCGUUUCAUCCCUCCACAACUGCUCCAGCGUGUGGCGAAGCUCACAACUAAUGCCAACUCAUUUCAGUCUGACAAUAACUCUGGUACAGAACAUACACCUGAGCCAAGGUAUGUGUGCCAUCAGCAUAGUAUGCAAUAAUCUGUGGGGGGUUUUUAGGGGUAUUCAACAGUACUGUGAAGUGAAGCACUUGGGUCAAUGAGUGAGAUUCUGUUUAUAGUUAGAAGAGAUUAAAACAAGGGAAUUAAAUGAAAUAAAAAGCAAUUGUAGAUGAUCAAACAUCCUGAAAACAGCAAUGCACUAAGACUGAUCUGAAUGUUUUUUUGCACCAGUCAAAGGGCUAAAAGCAGUUACUUGGACACACGGUUAACAGGAAACCCUGAUGGGUUGUAUUGCUGCAUAUUUACCUCUUUCAUUUUACAUUAUUUGAUUGUAAUUUUGCAUCUGUUGUUGAACAAUUGCUGCUUUGUGAUGCUAUGCUGAAGAUGUGUAUCACUGACUGCUUUUUUAAAACCAGACUCUCAAAUCCUUGUACUUGUUAAUAAGUUCAUGUGUUUAGAUGAUACUUCUCUCUCUCUUUCUCUCUGGACCUGUGGCCAGCGAGGAACUGUGAGCUGCUAGCCGGUCAGCAGGUCAAACCAUCAGAGGAUCCUGUCCAGUGGCUUUAGCUGCCUGGUUACUGAACCUGAGGUUUGCUGUGACUCUGACCCCUCCCCCCCGAGGGAAGAGAGAUCCUGUCAGUCACUAGCCAACGGGCUCGAUCAAUCCCUCAUUACUAUUCUCCUCCAACCCCACACCACCACACCACCUGCCAGAGGCAUCAGCUCAGAUUGCAUGUGAGGUUACUUUGAGUGCAUACAACUCAAAGGUGUGUAUAGGAAAGUCAAUCAUGUAUUUAUAUAUUUCUAUCUCAUUUUGUUGCCUUUUAACCAUCAAAUCAUCGAAUCUCCUUCACCUAUGUAUGUUAGGCAUAUUUUAUUUUAGCUACUGAAUUCAAUGCAA